GGGCGCUGUGCUGCAGGAGCACCGAUGUCCUCCAACAGCUCCCAGGCACCUCCCAAUGGGACCCCAGGGCCUUUUGAUGGCCCCCAGUGGCCCUACCAGGCCCCACGGAGCACAUAUGUGGGGGUGGCCGUGCUGAUGGGCACGGUGGUUGCCUGUGCCUCGGUGGUGAAUGGGCUGGUCAUCGUGGUGUCCAUCUGCUACAAGAAGCUCCGCUCCCCACUGAAUUACAUCCUGGUGAACCUGGCCGUGGCUGACCUGCUGGUGACGCUGUGCGGCAGCUCCGUCAGCCUCUCCAACAACAUCAAUGGCUUCUUCGUGUUUGGCAGGAGGAUGUGUGAGCUGGAGGGCUUCAUGGUCUCCUUGACAGGCAUCGUGGGGCUGUGGUCGCUGGCCAUCCUGGCCCUGGAGCGCUACGUUGUGGUCUGCAGACCCCUGGGAGAUUUCCAGUUCCAACGUCGGCACGCGGUGAGCGGCUGCGCCUUCACGUGGGGCUGGGCACUGCUCUGGAGCGCCCCACCACUGCUGGGCUGGAGCAGCUACGUGCCUGAAGGGUUGAGGACAUCGUGCGGGCCUAACUGGUACACGGGUGGCAGCAACAACAACAGCUACAUCCUGUCCCUGUUUGUCACCUGCUUCGUCCUGCCGCUCAGCCUCAUCCUCUUCUCCUACACAAACCUGCUGCUGACCCUGCGGGCGGCUGCAGCACAGCAGAAGGAAGCUGACACCACGCAGCGGGCGGAGCGGGAGGUGACGCGGAUGGUGAUCGUGAUGGUGAUGGCCUUCCUGCUCUGCUGGCUGCCCUACAGCACGUUUGCCUUGGUGGUGGCCACCCAUAAGGGCAUCGUCAUCCAGCCGGUCCUCGCCUCCUUGCCUUCCUAUUUCUCCAAGACAGCCACCGUGUACAAUCCCAUCAUCUACGUCUUCAUGAACAAACAGUUCCAGAGCUGCCUGCUGGAAAUGCUGUGCUGUGGUUACCAGCCCCAGCGGACAGGAAAAGCCUCACCGGGGACACCCGGGCCCCAUGCAGAUGUCACUGCAGCGGGGCUGAGGAACAAGGUGAUGCCAGCACACCCCGUGUGACCUCUGCUUCAGCACAGCUUCACCAACACGGGCACAACGGAGGGCCGGGGAGCAGUGCUCCAACGGGACCCAGCAGCCCAGAACAGCACAGCAUUGCCUUCUCGUGUCAGAAGAGCCCCUGGCAUAGGGUGAAGCACCAGUCUUUAUUUCACCCCUCUCCUCCAGCUCACCUCAGCCGAUCAGGAAGACAAAACACUGCAGCUGCUUUUCCUCCAUGCAACAAAUCACAAGCUUGGCUUUGUGCAGGCUGGCUUUAUCUGGCACCUGCAAAGCUUCACAUAGGAACAAGACAUACACCUGCUGUCCCUAUAUAGACUGAGUUCUAUAUCUGCAUUGCCUGAGCUUGCUAUGAAGCCUUAGGUCACAGUACAAGAGUCGAUCAGGUAUGUUUAGGGGCAGGCUGCAUUAAUAAACAGUAACAAAA